AUGAAACAAAUACAAAUCUUAAAUCAACAUAAAAAUAAUGUAUCGACUAUAAAUUUCAUGAAUAAAUCAAAUUAGUUAAUAUCUGGAGAUAAUGGUGGAUCAAUUGUAAUUUGGUCAAGGUAUAACAGUAAUUAAUGGAAUUCCUCAUAAAUAAUUAAAGGACAUAGUAAUUAUAUUCAUUGUUUAAUUUUGAAUAUUAAUGAAGAUCUUUUUAUCUCUAGUAGUGGUGAUAAAACAAUUAAGUUUUGGAUUAUACAGAAUGAAUGGAUUUGUUAAUAGACAAUCACUGAUCAUACUAGUUAUGUUUGUUAAUUAAGUUUAAAUGAAUAACAAGAUAAACUUAUUUCUUGUGGAGGUGAUAAGACAAUAUUAGUAUUUGAAUAUUCGGAAUAAAAUAAAAGGUGGAUUGUCAUAUAAAAUAUAAAAGUAGAUUAACACGGUUAUCGAUUAUGCUUUAUCAACAAUGAUUAAUUCACAUUUCAGCCUUAUAAUGGCAAUUUGAUGGAUGUCUAUGAGAGUAAAUAGUUCACUAUAACAAAACAUAUUACUAUAAAUUAAGGUCCUGAUAGUUGGCAUUUAUUUCCAUAAUAAUUUUUUAAUUAAAAAUAGAUAUUAGUGAAUAAACAUGAGAAAUGUAUCAAUUUAAUAAGAAAGACAGAAAAUAAUGAAUUUAAACUUGAGUAAUCUAUUCAAUUCAAUAAUAAUUGUUUAUUUGGGUAAUUGAGUGAUGAUGGACAGUAUUUAUAUGCUUACAUUCUUCUACUAAAUAUUACUGAAGUUAGAAAGGAAUUUUAUUUGAUUAUCUAUCAGAAAUUCAGUUCAAACAAUAGGUGA